AUGAAAGGAGCUUAUGAGGAGCGUUGUGCUGUUGUUGGAAACUUUAAACAACAAUAUUCUCCUUCUUCCAACACUUACAAUCCAGGAACAAGGAAUCAUCCAAAUUUUCGUUGGAGCAAUGAGCCACAACCUCAAGCCUGGUGCUCCGGGCCGAGAGGAUGUGCGUUAACACGUGACGUCCUUCUUUUGGAUGCGGUGCGGUUGUGCACGGGCGUGCCAGCACGGUCUACCGUGCGUCGAGAAGGCAGUGCUCCGGCGCGUUACUCAGAGAGCGACGGUCGUAUGAUAUAUGGGGUGAAUGAGAUGAUAACAGAGAUGGUGCUCCGGCGCCUUGAAAAUCAAGGGUCGUAUGAUAUAUUGAUGAAUGGAUUUUCCUUACAAUCUACCACUACUCCUAGGAAAUCAAAUAAAGGGGGAGUCUUGGAGGGACAAUCGAGGAUGAAAAUAUCUGCGUGGUGGAGCUUGAUCGGGGCAAGUAGGUCGGUUGGCGCAUUUAAUGCGCAAGCAUGUCUUGCAGGUCAUCAUUGCACGAGCCGUCGUUUCAUCUCGUUAAAUGAAACGACGGCUUCUGGGCUUCCGACACGUCAUCGCGCACUCGAACACCAUGCCACAUAUUGGAAAGUGAAUUCGGACAAUGCCAUUGUCCACUUCCCGAUCCGGCCGCGUAUGAUCGGCCGAGUGAGCAUGUAUUUGAUGAGGCGGCCUUAUGAAGAUGAUGAAUAUGCAGUGGUUGAUAGAUGGAGGCCAAGGUUUGAUACACUUCCACCUCUGAAGGAAAAGACAUUGCCAUCAAAUGUGGAAGUUCCUAAGCUAGAAUUGAAGCCUUACCCACGAGACUUAAACAUGUAUUCUUGA